AUGAGCGUCUGCAUCAACCGCCAGAAAGCGCGGAACAACCUCAUGCGUGUGGCAUACUUCCGACAAGUCAAAUCUCAAAGCGCAGGAAAGAUCUCUUUUAGCGCUGCAGAACUCCCGCCUUCACUAUCUAAUUUGCCGUGUCGGCGUCGGAGCUCUAAGCCGGCUUUCCCCUUGCAACGCGCGUCCCACAAAUCGAUUGAAACGUUCCUCUUCAACAUGGUCUCCCAAACGAACUUCUCGGGUGCAGGGGGAGUGCAAGCGGUGGCCGGUCUCCACGAGGACUAUUUUGGCUACAUGGACCGCAACUGGCGACUCUGCUGCGGCAAAAUGCAGCACUCGGACGCUGACGCGCGCUCCGACGGCUCGGCUCGCACCAUGGAUGAGGCUACAGACCUCGAGGUGUUGGCUUACAUGGCAGCCACUGACUGCAGCUAUGUCGACAAGUACGACGACCACGAUGAAUGUUGCAGCCCUCGAUCUGGCGUAUCCAACGUAUCGGGCUUGCCACUCGUGUGCAGUAACUGCGGCGUGUCUUUUUUCUCGCUGCAGAUUCCCGACGACCAAGUGGACUGCUACUGCUCGGGCGAGUGCAAGUGGAGCGUCAUCAUGUACCGAGAGAUGGAUCUACGCAUGUACGCAAUGCGCCGAACCGCGCGUCGCCAUACCGUGCACAGCACAACCCGCCCAACUUCGAGCUACUACUCGGACAGUGAUGACGAGGAGAGGGACGACGGCAGUGUCGUGUCUUUCAGCUUCAGCGACGACUCGACCGCCAGCUCUUCAUGUAGCUGAAACAGAACAAUUUGAAGUCGCACGCGCAGCAGCGGAGUAUUUACUAUUUAAGGUGCCUCAGCACUGCGAAGAAGAGAGUAAGAGGAAGGGAGAGAUGGAGAGAGCUGUGUAGUACAUAUGCGUGUAGUCUGUGUAUAAGAUUCCUACUAUUUUAACUUUUUCUUAUCAUAUUCACAUUUUAACCGUCUCGGA